AUGCCCAUGCCCAUUCACAUUCACGCUCUCCUGCUCCUCCUUGCGCUCGUUCCGCUCGCCGCAGCACAGACGACGUGGGCAAACUGCGGCACAGGCCAAGGCAACUACUCGGCAGGCAGCACAUACGAGAGCAACCUCGUAUACCUCCUCCGCAUCCUCCGCUCCAACGCCUCCAACUCGCCCUCCCGAUUCGCCUCCGGCGCCCUCGGCGCUGCGCCGGACACUGCCUGGGCCCUGGUUCUCUGCCGUGGCGACGUCAGCGCCCCCGACUGCUACGACUGCGUCAGCAGGGCCAUGCGGGACGCGGUCACAGCCUGCAACCGCAGUAUGGACGUGGCCUUGUACUACAGCCCGUGCUACGUCCGUCUAUCCGACGACCACGACUUUCUCGACCCCACCGGCAACUCCGGCGAGGUAGAUCUCCUUACCGGCGCCGACAGAAUCAGCACCGACGUCCAUGCCUACCAACAGGCGGUCACCGGCUUUCUCACCGCCACGGUGCAGUAUGCUGUGGACAACUCCUCCAGGCUCUUCGCCACGGGGCAAUGGGUAGGGCCUGACCGCAAUAUGUACUCGGCGGCGCAGUGCGCACCGGACCUGUCGCCGGCGCAGUGCCGAAACUGCCUGCAACGCCUCGUGGGCAAGUGGUGGACCACGUUCCCCCACUUGGAUUUGGAGGGCGCCAGCAUCGCUGGUCCUCGCUGCACUUUGAGGUACCAAGUGUCCCCGUUCUACAUUGGCAGCGCCAUGUUGCAACAGACCAAGCAGGCGGCUGAACCGGCGCCAGCUCCAGCACCCACGGCUGCUACUGCUGCUCCUACGAGAGGUAGCAAGAGGGCCGUCAUGAAGAUUAUGCUAAUAGAGAAGCAACUCCCAGUUUGCACGUACUACUAG